CCGUGAGUAUUUUCUUCAAUUACUAGGAUGUCAAUGGCUCGUUUGGCUCGUUGCUCCGCCCCUCGUGUUUGUCGUACAGCAGCAGUCUGACGGGAAUAAGGCAGAAAUAAGAGCGUCCAGGACUCGCCUCUCUCCAGCUCGCACAGUCGGAGCUCAGAGAGCGCGGUUACGCACGGAGGACACUUGGCGUCUGGCGGUCGCACAUCAUCCACGGGCCUGUGGCAGCUUCAGCAAACUCGCUCGCGGGCUGAACCAUGUCCUUGAGCCCCAAACAUUCAACGCCUUUCUCAGUGAGCGAUAUUUUGAGCCCGAUCGAGGAGACCUUCAGGAAGUUUGCAGCCAUGGAGAGCAGCGUGAGCCUGGCGUCUCCUCUGUACAGACAGACUCAGGUGUCUCAGGCGAAUCUCCAGCAGCACAGCAUGGGUCACAACACCUACCACAUGCCGCACUCGCAGUUCUCGCACAGCGCCAUGGGAGGAUACUGCAACGGGACUAUCGGAGCCAUGGGGGACCUGCCGUCCUACCAGGAGAGCAUGAGGACCGGCGCGACCGCCACGGCCUGGUACGGCUCGAACCCGGAGCCCAGAUACCCGACAAUCUCCAGGUUUAUGGGUCCCUCAGCGGGCAUGAACAUGGGCACAUUACCGGGCAUGGACGCAAGUAAAUCUAUGGUGACUUUACACGCGGCGCCGCGCAGGAAACGGCGCGUGCUCUUCUCUCAGGCGCAGGUGUACGAGCUCGAGCGGCGCUUUAAGCAGCAGAAGUAUCUGUCGGCACCGGAGAGGGAACAUUUGGCCAGCAUGAUACACCUGACCCCGACCCAGGUCAAGAUCUGGUUCCAGAAUCACAGGUAUAAAAUGAAGCGCCAGGCGAAGGAUAAAGCGACCCAGCAGCCGGACACCGCAAACCUGUGCGCGCAACAGUCCCCGAGGCGCGUGGCCGUGCCAGUGCUCGUGAAGGACGGUAAACCGUGUCAGAACGGCUCCAGCACACCGACACCGGUCCAGAACGUGAUGGGCAGCGAGACUUUAGCUUUAGGAUCAGCGGAGGAUCUGGAGGAGAUGUCUCCCAGUCCUCCUCUCAUGACUGACGCUGCGCUCAUCGAGUACACGAACAGCAUGGUGAGCUCCAACCUGCUUUACGGCAGAACAUGGUGACACUUCCGCCGGGAAACGGACCAGUACGCGCAUUUACAGAAACACCUUUUUUAAAACUCAUUUUUUAAA